UGCGUCAUCUUUAUGAGACGCGCGUACUUCUCCAGAAGCAACUCGCUGGCUAGCUAACGAGCUUGUUUUUGUUUACAAGAAUGGCGACCUCUAAAAAAGGGAAGAAAGUUGUUAAUCAAGAGGAACUUCGACGGCUAAUGAGGGAGAAACAAAAGCAAGCCAGUGACAAGAAACGCGUCGAGUCUCCGUUUGCUAAAUACAACAGUCUCGGUCACCUCAGUUGUACCCUGUGCAAUGUGCAGGUGAAGUCCGAACUACUGUGGCCGGCGCAUGUUCUUGGGAAACAGCACAAAGAAAAGGUUGCUGAGCUGAAGGGAGCAAAAACUCAACCGGUGACACCGCAGAGUCAACCACUGAAGCGGAAAGCACCCGACGACGAGGACGUUAACGGAAAAAAGGCGAAACCCGCAGCGGCUCCUGGUCAGCCUUCGUUAGGACUGCCAGGAAAUUUCUUUGAGAAACCCAGCGAGAGGGCAGCUGCGUCUUCACAGAAGACUCCAGGACUGAGCCUGCUGGCUGGAGUCUAUGAUGAGGACGACGAUGAUGAUAAUAAUGAAGCUACUGGGGAGACAGGUAAACAGGUGGCCACACAUCCGCCUGCUCAGAAGGAUGAAGCUGCAGGACUACCAGCUGACUUCUUUGACAGCUCCAUCCCACCCACGCCUGCAAUCUCCCAUUCAGGCUCCAUCCUCAAAGCAGACGUUCAGGAGAAGAUCCCAGAGAAGAAAGACAACACAGCCGAGGCGCUCCCGGAGGGUUUCUUCGACGAUCCGGUUAGAGAUGCCAAAGUGCGCAACGUGGACGCUCCUAAGGAUCAAAUGGACAAGGAGUGGGAAGAGUUUCAAAAGGAGAUCCGACAGGUGAACACAAAGUCCGAGGCCAUCGUGGCAGAAGAAGACGAGGAGGGGCGACUUGAACGUCAGAUUGAUGAAAUUGAUGAACAAAUUGAGUGUUACAAGAGGGUGGAACUACUGAGGGACAGACGGGAUGUGGUGAAGAGCAAGUCUCUGCCCAGAAAACAGGAACAAGUGGACACUGGCGACAGCACUGAAGAAGAGGAGGAGGAAGAAGAGGAGUUGCUGGGGCUUUUGUCACAGGACUGGAGAGCCAAAGGAGCUCUGGCCUGACUUUCUCUUGAUAUGUGUGACUGACCUCAGUUUUAUUCAGAAUAUUGUUAUAACCUUCCUCAAGGUGGAUGCCAAUGUGUUCCAGUUUCCAAAAACUGUGAAGUUUGUGAAAAUGUCUAUCAAAUCUUUCUCCCUUUGUAUAUUUCAGACUGGAUUGGAUAUAAUUCUAGUAAAAGACCUGAGUGCCACAGACACAUGAGAAUUGCCACUUUGUCUUAUGACACAAGGGAAUCCAACAAUCAAACCUUUAACUGUGUGUUUAUUCAUUGGUGCUCAAACAAAGACAUUCAUAAAAUCUCUCAUUUACAUACAGUAGCAGCAUGGACCCAAAAUCUAUGCAAUGGUGGCCAAAGCCAGCUAACCAAUGUCCCGCAAAAACAAUUAGUUGCCUACGUUAAGUUAUAAAUAAUGCGUUCAUGUUACAUAAAAAGGAACAUGCAAAGCACAACAGAAUUAAAAAAUGCAACAUGUUGGA